AAUGUCGUCGCUUUGCGAAGAACGAAUGGUUUGUCGGAACCGGACUCGCUCAUCGAUCCAUGGGUUCAGCUGAAACUCUGAAAUGUCUGAAUUCAGAGUCAGAACAGCCAUCGAAUUCUCAACUACGCGGCAGGCAUCCCAGAUACACAAAUUGCUGCCUCUGUCGAAUUUGUGAAUUGAGCAUGAUUUCAUGAUUUCAUGCGGUGGGUGAAUGACUUUAGUAAGCUCCAGCUGCGCAAUUCGACGGUACUGGAUAGGGCCUUUCGUUGCAGUGCUGAUUUCCGCUCUAGUGAGCUCGGUUGGGAAGAGGAAGGAGGGAGGAGGAGUUCAGCUAUGAGAGGAUUGCAGAGCGUACAGAGUUUCCGACCGGGAGUGGUGGGAGUGAAGGCUGCGAAGAAGAAGGCUGCACAGUUGGUGCACUUGCAGCCCGUUUCUUCGCUCUCUAGGCAGAAUUCGACAGUUCCCAGAGACGAAGGAGGAGACUCUGGUGCUGCGGAAAUGGUGACAGUUCGAUUCAGGGGAAAUGAAAUCUCCGUUGCCAAAGGUACCAAGCUGAGGACGGCUUUGCUCGAGAAUGGACUUUCUCCUCACAAUGGACAGGCUCUUCUGAUCAAUUGCAGGGGAAUGGGAACGUGCGGGACUUGUGCUGUGAAAAUUGAAGGGAAAGUGGUACCGGAAGCUUGGACUACGAGGGAAACCAUUCGCCUGAACUUCCCUCCACAUGGACCACCUCAAAAUGCCAACCUGCGGCUCGCUUGCCAGGUGCAAGUAGAGGGCGACUUGACAGUGACCAAGUUCAACAAAUUUUGGGGCCAGGGAGAGGUGCCAGUCGGGCCUGCAUCAGUAACCGAUCGUGUCACACCGCUGGGAGAUUUGGAGUUCAUACUGGACCCUCGUAAGAGGGUGUAAACACGGAAGGCACAGUUGUCAAUGGUUGGGGCACAGACAGGGUCAGAGCAACACGUUCCAAUUUACCAGUCCUGGGCUUUUUACAGACAUGAGAGAGACUGGGCAUUUUGAAGCAGUGGCUGGGAAGUGUUAGGACAGGGGUCGUAGUGAAAGUCGCGUAGGAAGAUUUUUCAGGUUAUCCACUUGCGGAUGAGGUAGAGUUAUGGCACCCGAGUACUGGAGAAACUAGAGAAACUAGAGAAUCCCUGGGGGUGUUCACCAACAAGGUAUCUACGAAGUGACUGACUGACUGGCUGCUGCUGCUAGUCAUGUUCGUAAGUGGAAGCCAACUCAUUCAAAUCCUAACUACCUCUGUCGUCCCAAAUGCAUGCCUAGUGAGUUCAGGUGUGCAUUCUAUUUUUUAGCUAUGGAAGACACAUGUUUGAGUGAGAGAUAACUGGAGCCUGUACACAGCGUAGAGAGCAGGAUGCAGGAUGCAGGAUGCAGGUGAUAUGGCCAACCUCCCUCUAGUAAGAAUGUUUCUCCUCUGGCAGAGUGCUACGUCUACAGUGUCGUGCGCUUAAAGAGCAAGUUCUCGGAAAGCACUUUUGCAUGCACAUUUCCACAUUUCCUUUUCCUGGACUAUCUUCAGGAUGUAACCCUGAAUCGACGUAUUAAAACUUGUCUACGAUGUACCGAUAAUACUAUGCUGCUUCGA